ACAUUUCCGUGUCAUGUCGUAUCGUACCUACUGUCAUUUUGUUUUGUCAAUUAAUUCUCCAGGCAAUGUUUUAGAUUAACAUAGAAGUUGAGUUGAAUUUAAUAUUUAUGUUACACUGAAGUCCCGAGUCGAUUUUAUUCAGUUAUUGCUAGGACUCCGAAGUGUAAACACUCCUGUGUGGAGAGUACUUAGUAUUUCGAGAAAACGAGACGUAAACUAAGUAUCGAUUUGAAAACAAUACUGCUUUUCGCUUGUAAUUAAAGAAAAAUAUUCAAGCAAUGGCAGAACAAAACACAGAAACAACAACAACUGACGUGGAGAACACCUACACGGCACCGGGCAAUGAUCCAAAAAACAUGCAGGAGGUGACACAAUAUGUUCAGUCACUCCUACAAAAUAUGCAAGACAAAUUCCAGAGUAUGUCAGAUCAGAUCAUUAACCGGAUAGAUGAGAUGGGAACUCGUGUUGAUGAAUUGGAGAAGAAUAUAACAGAUCUUAUGACACAAGCUGGUGUUGAAAAUGAGAAGUAGUACCUAAUAUACCUUAGCAGCAGUGAUCCUAGAUGUAACAAUCACACCACAUUGUUUUGUGCCUGAAUCAUGUCAUUUUUACCAUUUAGUGUCAAAGUAAAUACAUUAAAACAAAUAUAAAGAUUGUAUAGGUGAUAUCACUCCAUAGGGGCUGAAUGAUUAUGUGGCUCAUGUAUUAUAAUAAUAGUAAUAUUGUUACAUAAGACCACCCUUUAUAAAUAGAUAAGAUAAUAUUAUUAAAACAUAAGUAAAACGGCAGGGGAGGGGCUGUAGCCAAUUUGCAAUUUUACUCUAUCUCCACAGGGCAAUAUAUUCAUAAAAUUAUGUACAUGGAGUGUAACACCAAUGAAUAAUUUUUAAUAUAAACAGUUAAGUAAAUGAUGUUGGUAUUAAUACAUUUGUAAUACAAAAAUCCAGUGUUUCAUUGAGAUAGAAUUGGAUACUUUUUAAUUUUUAAAACCAUGUAGGCUAAUACAUGUGAGAAAAACUUAAUUCCAAUAAUGGUGUGCACACAUUAUGGUACCAUAUUUACUACUUUUAGACUGGCUAGUUUACAUAAUAAGACAUGUAUCAUGUGGUAUGUUCAAGCCUUUAGUGCAUGUAAUAGGAUUAAACAGUACCAUAAAAUAGACAUAAUAAUGGCAUGAGGUUUGUGAAAUUGUUCAAAUAUUGGCAUCUACUGAAUGAAUUAAGAUAUUUGAAGUGUUCCUUUGUUAUUAUACAUAGUACGCUAGUAGUUUUCUAAUAGAUGGGAAGUGGAUAUCUAAAGGCAAAGCAAUAUGGAGUGAUCAGAUAAUUGGGUUAUUGUAAGAUUCUAGCAUUUUACUAAGCACAGUGAAAGUACUAUAAUAUAUUAUCUGUGUUUGCGCAAGCAUUUGUAUGAUUGUUUAUUUUGUAAUUAAAUUGUGUUAUAUUAUAAA